AUGCCCAGCCCUGCAAUGAAAUGUGUGAAGGAAGGCUGCAACGCCUGGGCCUUGGCUUCCCAGAGAUUCUGCAAGGAUCAUCUCCGUAUGUAUUUCUUUUUGCCAUCUUCCACUACUUCGUCCACUGUCAUGAUCCUCACACUGACCCAUGGAGCGAAACCAGCGAAACCAGCCAAUGCAACCAACGCAAAUGCUAUCGGUGGUGCUUGGUCGACGGCGCCCGUCGAUUUCAAUCAACGGGCAUGA